AUGGUCCUUCUUGGCACGGCUGAAGAGGCGAAACUCCUCGUCCCGGAGAUCGAGGCUCAGGAAUCCAAGCUCCAUUUCCCGGCUUUUACGACCGAAGUAGCCUGGCAAGUGGGAACAGCUAUCCGCGCCCGGUUCUUAGCGACCCAAGCUUGGAAAGAGAAGGGGAUCGUUGUCCAUAUAUCUACGUUUACGGGUCAUGUGCUGUUUACGUGCGCGGUGGGGAAGGAGAGUGCUAUUAAUCCCGGGAACUGGAUUAAUGGGAAGAUGAACGUCGUUAAGCGGUUCAACCAUUCCUCUUUCUUCGUGGGGAGGAACUUAGUCUCCCAGGGGAAGGUGCCGGAGGAAGCGCUCCCCUUUCCGGAAUUCGCAGCGCAUGGAGGUGCUUUCCCCGUCUGGAUCAAGGGCGCGCCGUGCUCCCCGUUGGGGACGAUCAUCGUCAGUGGCUUGAAGCAGGAAGAGGAUCAUCAGAUUAUCGUUGAUACCCUCGAGGAGAUCUUGCCGACUUUGCAGUGAGUGGGAAGAUGUAUGUGUGAUGUAUGUGAAGAGGUUUCGUUAAGGAGGCGUGGAAUGUAAACAAGAUGAAUUGAGUGUGUUUUAGAUUCACUAUCGAGAGACGUGCAAGACGGCGACGAAUACUGAUCGACAAGGUGUGACAGCGUGUCGAC